UGGUGUCCAUUGCCAGAAAAGCCAGUCUCUGGCAAUUCCUGAGCUCUGAGGAACAAAUGUGUGGAACCCACAAGGAGAAGAACAAGAUGUUCUGUGAAGUGGACAGGAGCCUGCUGUGUUCGCUCUGCUCUAACUCCCAGGAGCACGGGGCUCACAGACACUGUCCCACUGAAGGGGCAGCUGCGGACCAGCGGGCUAAACUCGAAAAGCAAAUGAGAUCUUUAUGGGACAAGAUCCGGGAAAAUCAGAGAAACCUGAGAGAAGAACAAAUUAUGAUUAACCAUUGGAUUUGGAGAUUUCUUUCCACAAUGAAGUAAGCAAUCAGCACAUCAGGCUGUUUGACGAUUUGAGAGACUUCACAUUUAGAUCUCACAGUCAAGAUCAGUCUUUGAAUCCUGAGAAAUCUAUUUUGCUGCUUGGGGAGACCAGGUCUUCACUGCUGGGAAGUAUUACUGGGAGCUGGAUGUGGACGACUCUUGGGACUGGGCUCUAGGGGUCUCUAGAGAUUACCCGAUACGCAGACUUGGCACAAUGUUAUAUCUGGGGACAUGUUUCUUCUUGCAUGUGUGAGGCAGGAUAAUCAGUACACUCUCUGGACAACCUCCCCAGCGAUUCCUCAGUUUGUAGAGAAACCUGUGGGCCGGGUUGGUAUGUAUCUUGAUUUGCGGAGUGUGAGUGUGAGUUUUGUGAACGUUGCCAAGAGUUCCCUCAUAUGGAAGUGCCGCGCUGGCUCCUUGUGUUUCCCUGUCAGGCCUUUCAUUAUCACUGGACACAAAUGAGCAGGGAUGAGGCAGGAACUUGACUGUAGGUCUGGGACCUCCAUGUGCUGGGGAGCCCUUCUCAGCUGAAGAAAAUCAACCCUACUUUAUUGUCUUGAAGGUUUUGUACUGUCAUGGAAUCUCAUUUUAUUGUUAUUCGGUAAAACAGUAUAAAACGCAAAAUUCUGUUGUCCCAUUUUCUUUCAAGAAAAUCAUCUCUUGUGGUCUGCUAUCUAAACGUGCACUGCACUCAGCUUGCUCACGUGCUUUGUGAGCUCCCUGUGGUUCUGAAAAUCUUUGGGUGUGUGAUUCCACCUUAAUGAACACAGUUUCUAAAUUCUGGACAGACCUGGUUAGCCACACUGGUCCUAUCAGCCUGAUAUUAACUCCUGUCA